ACCCAUAGUCCGUCUCGUCGAUCAGACGUCCUCUGACUCGAUGUCCUCUCCCCCGGCCGUUCGAAACGACAAACGGGCCAUCCGAGCCGGGCAAGCUUGGAACUAGACAAGAAAGGCGAAAGGAUGUUGUUUAGAAAUAGUUAUCAGAUUGCGAAUACGAACACUCUGGCAUUGGCGGCCCCCCUCCUUUUCCCCUCCACACCACCCCUGCGUACACCAUCCAACCCCCUUUUCUCCCACAAAGUGAGACAUCCACACACACCCACUUGCCCUUACAAUAGUUCGGCCAGCCCAUGCCACCAGGGGGGUCACAUGGCAAGUCAGCACACCCAACCCACCAUAGUCCCGGCAAAGCAAAACGCGCCGUCGCGUCCCGCUCUCUUUUCUCUCUCUUUUCUCCCUCUCUCUCUCUCUCUCUCUCUCAGCCAGCCAGCCCAUUUAGUCCCCAGUGUCAUGGACCAUGGGAAUCCGGCGACCUGGGAAUGGGAACUAGGAAUAGAAACCCGGCGCCAUCAUAACAUAGCCAUCCAACUUUUCAGCCGUCUCGAUGUCCGUAUGAGUUCCGCAGGGGCGAGGGGGCCCAAGGGUCAGGAUCUAAACUUUUCACCCGAACUGGGACGGCACGCGUUGUCACGGUCCUAGACUAGACUCCGCCAGACCACCCACCGCAGGACGGCCGGGCUGACCCCUUCUAUUCUCUUCACUUACCUUACCCUACCCGAAGGUGCGCAGCUGACGCGUUCGGGCACGGGGUUCGCGUCGCGUUUUCUGAUGUCAUUAUGAUGUGACGCGAGAGUGGACGACGCGAAGCCGAGGCCUCAGGGAGGGAGGCAGAGGCUCAGAGCUGGUGAAGAACGGGGAUCACGAUCUCGUUACCGU